GUUUCUGUUACUUCCGUGUUUAGCGUUCUAGGCAGUUUUCGUUUCGGAACAGCAACAUGGCGCAGCUGAAAACAAAACGUUCCUGUAAACUGUUAUGUCAAACUAAUUCACCUUCAUGUAAAUUAUCACGUAGUCAUCUUUUCCAACCACUCCUCUCAAUAAUAUUAGUCAGCUCCAUCGCAAGUUCUGCUGUAGGAGAAACAGAUACAGGCGUCCUGACAAUAACAGAUGCUAACUGGACGGUCACUAUGGAUGGCGAGUGGAUGAUAAAGUUUGUUGCUCCCUGGUGCCCGGCAUGUGCCCAGCUGAAGGAGCAGUGGGAGAGAUUCUCCAGCCUGGCAGCAGCCAUGGGGGUUUCUGUAGGAGAAGUGGACGUCACUGAACAGCCUGGUCUCAGUGGACGAUUUUUGGUUACCACACUGCCAACCAUUUUCCAUGUAAAGGAGGGUAGCGUGAGGAGGUAUGUGUCUGUCCGUGAGGCGGAGGAGUUCCAUACAUAUGUCUCUAACAGGAGGUGGGAGGAGGUGGAACCACUGCCUUCAUGGAAGUCUCCUAAUUCUCCUCUGAUGAGCUGCAUGGCCGGACUCUUCAGGCUUUCACUGUGGAUCCGGGUGAGACCAAAUCUCUCUCACACACACACACACACACAGAGAAAAUGGUGUAAAGGAUCCACACUCACUCAGAAUCGUGUGUGUGCGUGUGUAGUGGACUCAUGGGUAUCUGACGGGGGAUUUGGGCAUGCCGGUGUGGGGCUCCUACCUCUCCUUUGCCAUGGCAACACUUGUCACUGGGCUGCUGAUGGGACUGGUGCUGGUCCUGGUUGCAGAUUGCCUCUGUCCUUCCCGACAGAAGCGGAAGGAGGAGAGAGCAGGAGUGUGUGUGAGUAUGGCGGAGAAGAGGCAAGCGUCGGAGGCAGAUGAGGGUGAGGGGUCUAACAAGGAGGAGCCAGAGACACUGAGACAGAGGAGAGGACAGGCAAAACGUACCUCCUAACCAGUGGUUGGAACCUAAAUUAUUUUCCAAUCGUUUCGUUCUGAACAGAACCAUCUUUUUUUUGUUACAUUCCACUGUUUUCCGACCAGCAAAAUAAAAAGUUCUGAACCGGUUCGAACCAAAUAAAAGUAACAGUUUAUAUUGUUCCUUUCUGUUCCUUUUUAAACCUCUGAAAUUGUACAAAAAUAAAUAAUAAUUUGCUCAACAUUAAAUGACUUCACCAAUCAUGCAGUGCAGAUAGAGCAGCUUGAUAUGGAGCAGACAAGCUAUAGCUCAGUGAGUUGUUUUACAUGCAGCUGAAAUUUUGCGGGUGGAGGAAGCUUGGCUUAAAGCGCUGGGCAUCUUGUGGUGACAUGCAUUAUCUGAAUUAGGCUCACAGAAUUAUACCUACGGCGGAGCGGCUACUUUGGAGGAACUUUGAAUGUCUUUGAACUUCAGAGCUGGCUUAACAUUGAACCAGAACUAGCUAUAGCUAGCUAAUGAGCUUGUGUGUGCAGAGCGGCACCAGAAUUAAAAAUACAUCUUACCUUUUUGUAGUUAAUAAAUACAAUGUGAAAUGUGAUAACUAUAGUAUCCCAACUAGCAUUGAAAAAGUUAAUCCAUUCUUCUCUAAUUAAAAAUCUAUUUCCCUAAUUAAAAAUCUAUUUCCCUAUCUUCUGAAUCACGCUUGUAACGUCAGUAGGUUACAGCUAUGCUUCGGGGGGUUCUGAUUCUGUUCCUUGGAAAAUGUGGUUAUUUUCCGGUUUUCUGUUUUGUUCCCUGAACCAGUUCCAAGGGAAAUGUUCCCUUCAGACAGGUCGACAAAGACAAAAAUGUAUGCUGAACAAAAAGAGUGAUUUGACUAAUGCUUGUCGUGUGUUUUUAAAUGUGUGUAUGGGGGGUCUGGAAGGUUUCACUUUUCUAUUUUCGCCACUAUUGUUUUCACCCGUUUUUUAUAACGUGGUCCAAUUUUCUAUGAUUAUCACAAUAUAAACUUUAUUUUCUUUGAUUUGAAAUAGUUUUCUAUUGUUAAGACUGCCAUAUGCAUAUAUUGAUGGAUGACUAUGAUAAUGACUGAGUGUUGUUGCCAUGUGAGAGGCCCCUCCAUCCUUGAUAAUGGAUCAUUUAAUCACCAAAAUAAACAUUUUUAUACAAAG